GCUGGUGAGUUUGCUGUAUCCUGCUGGGGUUUAAUGGGGGACUCAGUAGUGCAGUGAUCUUUCUCCAUCUCCUCCACCAUGUGGUUAUCAUUUCAAGGGUUUUGCCUGGUCCUCUUGUUAUGUCUGAUGAGCCUCAGAGAUGUUGAGGCUCAGUUUCCACGUGCCUGUUCAACACCAGAGGUUCUGCAGACCCGGAUGUGUUGCCCCCUCUGGAAUGGGUCCCCUUGUGGGUUUAGCUCAGGGCGAGGAGUCUGUGCACCACAUCCUGCAAGGGACCUCCCAAAGCCAGUGGACUACAGGGUGAACUGGCCUCGUGUUUUCUAUGAUUCAGUAUGUACAUGCUGGGGAAACUAUGAUGGAUUUGACUGUGGUCAGUGCCUCCCGGGUUGGAGGGGACCUCAGUGUCUGCAACGGUAUCACGUGGAGAGGAAAGAAAUAACAGAUCUGACAGAUUCUGAGAGGGAGACCUUCCUCUCAAACCUGCACCAGGCAAAACAGAGCCCCAGCAGCCGCUACAUGAUCCUUACAAGCAAUGACACAACAGUGGAUGGGAACUACGCAUUUCACAACACAAGUGUCUAUGAUUUGUAUGUGUGGAUGCACUACUACUCAGCUAAGAGUUACGCUGGUUCUGAAAGUAAUGCUGCACACAGGGGCCCUGCUUUCCUCUUCUGGCACAGAAUGUUCCUACUCUUCAUUGAGAGGGAGAUCAGGGAGCUCACAGGGAACCAAGAUUUCUACAUCCCAUACUGGGACUGGACCAGAACCAACCACUGCAACAUCUGCACCAACAAGUACUUUGGGGGAGUUGGCCAAGAUGGCCGUAUUGACAGUGCUUCCCUUUUCCGCAAGUGGAAGACCAUAUGUCCAUUUCAGGAAAGUCUUGGUAUAAUCUGCAUCCACACUGACGCCUCUGCUCCUGCAUAUCUGAUCCGUAACCCUGGAAAGGAUCCAAUCUACAACACACUGCCAACCGCUGGUGAUGUUGAAGACACAAUGGCAACACCACUUUUUGACACACCUCCAUUUGACAAAACAUCUAGGAACAGCUUCAGGAACAAGCUAGAAGGUUUUGAGAUGCCUGAUGAUUCACGACACCUGAAUGCCUCUAUGCACAACCUGGUCCACAGAUACCUGAAUGGCACUAUGUCUCUGGUCCCUACUGCAGCCAAUGACCCCAUAUUCAUGCUACACCACAGCUUCAUUGACAAGCUUCUCGAGAGGUGGUUGCAGGACCACGGUGAGGCGACCUACCCUGACAGUGACCAGGUCCCUCCAGCCCAGAGAGCGCAGGCCUACAUGGCCCCCUUCUUCCCGCUGCGUACCAACAACUAUUACUGGGGCAGGGACACCAACAGCCUGGGUUACAGCUACAGGGAACACAGCCUCCCUCGCUCUGGAGCCGGUCACAACGUAACAAGACAUGCUGAAGAGUUUUUAAAGGAAUCUUCUGCUGGUGGAGUCCAGUGGCAGUGGCCUGUUCUGGGUGUCUUUAGUGUUUUAUUGCUCUGUGUAAGUGUUGGGGCUGCUAUUAAAUGCAAAGGCAAAAGACAGCAAACGCAGGACGCACCGACAGAGGAGAAAGAGUCAGAGUUUGACUACAGGUCCAACUCUCUGUAUGCAGUCUGGGCUAAGGAGAGGAAUGGCACCAUUGACAAAUCAUCAUCAACCCAUGUUGCAUCUUGUGGGGCUCAUCCACACGAUGCAGCACCCAGGUCUUUAUCAGAGGGGAGAGGAGACGGUGUGGACUCAGCUGUGAAUGUGGAAAUAGACCUUUAGAUUUAAAAGGGUGGAGAGUGAACUGGCUGCAGAGCACAGGUGAAUCUAAGCCUGAAGAGUGUAUAGGCCACCAAACAGUGAUAGCCAUAUUAUAACAGCAUAAUAAUGAUAUAAGGUUGUAACUAAGACUUAAUUCACUAUUAGUUCAUCGAUUGAUUUUUUUUGUGAUUAUUUAGUCAAUAGUUCAAAUAUUUCAGCCAGUUUUCAGUUUAUUACAUACACCUGGCUGAAACUAAUGCAGUAUAAUACAACAGUCCUGCAAUACAUCCAACCUUCAUGAAAGUCAUGUUCCAUUUGUGUUCAAACUGUUUGGAGUGGUGCUGAUUCACCUGCAUGAUCAUUCAAUUGGUUUCAGUGAAAAACAUAUUUCGACAUGCUCGUAUGAUGAAGACAUGGCCCACUCCUCUCUACAUAGAAAAGCAUCAGUUUACAUUACAUCCAAACAAAAGAUUAAAAAGUAUAAACAAUGGUGCAUGGUAAAAUAUAAAAGUUUAUUAUAACACCAGAGUAUGUACAGUGGAUAAAUUAAUUGUAUUUUUUCUGCUGAUAUACAGCUGUUUUCCAUGGGAAAUAUCAAAAUGCCACUGGACAUUUUCACAAGAAAAAAAUAAAGUUAGAAUAAAGCUGCAGAUACUAAUUCAUCAGAACUCACACCCUGUCUGUCAAACAUGAACUAAUGAGAAAACAAAAAAUGUCCUGAUGUGAAUAAAUUUGACUACGGUAAUUUAGCAAAGCCUA